GUGGUACAUCACUUUCAGUGGAAACCGUUUCGAAAAUCUGAAAGAGACAAUAUCAACACCUCUUCAUAGACAUCAGAAGCAAGCUCUUUUUUGGAUGAAGGAGAGAGAGAGUGGGAAGCUGCUUCCUCCUUUUUGGGAAUACAGAGAUGGCGCUUACUUCAAUCAAGUGACGUUAUGUCGAGAAGUCUCCAGACCACCGAGUGUUCGUGGCGGAAUUUUAGCUGAUGACAUGGGUUUGGGGAAAACUCUGACGAUGAUUGCUCUUAUUAUGGCGGAUCGAGAAGAACAUCAAGAGGAAGUGUGGAAUGAUGACGAGAUGGAUACUGAACAUGGAGAAUCGAGCAACAGCAGAGAGAUAUGA